AUGCCUUCAUACCUACUGGGACCACCCAGACUCCAAACUUCCUUUUACAUCUCGCGCCUUUGCGCAAAGUAUUCCCUCAGUGUGACGCACCCUUCCUGUGGCCUGGCCAGUCUCACUGUCAUCAGUGGUACUCUUCCUUGUGCUCCUGGUAUCUACAAUGAAGCUUCAGCCCUCUUUUGCAGAGUGGCUGAAGAGUCUGCUGGGAACACCUACUGCCCAUUCUUUAGGACCACCUUGCGGGGGACCCUGUGUUUGGGAGAUGUGGAGCCCUGGAGGUCAGAGUCAGACUCCAGACCAAGUACACAGUAUGACCUGUCUGGGACCAGGGCCGCCCUCCUACUGGCUGUGAUUCAAGACCGGCUUGGGACACAGCAUGAUGUGGCAGCACUCAGGGAGCUGUGCCAGGCUCUGGGCUUCACGGUCAACCUGAGGACAGACCCUACAGCUCAGGCAUUCUGGGAGGAGCUGGUUCAGUUCCGGGAAACACUGGACACUCACAAGGGCCCUGUGAGCUGUGCCCUGGUGGCCCUGAUGGCCCACGGGGGGCCACAGGGGCAGCUGCUGGGGGCUGAUGGGCGAGAAGUACAGCUGGAGAUGCUGGUGCAGGAGCUGAGCUGCUGCCAGGCACUGCGUGGCUGCCCCAAGGUCUUCCUGCUCCAGGCCUGCCGUGGGGGUAAGGGGUCUUGCCUCCAGCCCAACCACCUAUCCUGGCUUUCUGCUGCCAGCCCUUGGCCUCCCACAUUGCCAGCCCACCUUCUCCAGGAAGCCUACACACUGGCCUUUCUCUGCCCCUCUCCAUCCUCCCCAGAAACUUGGAACAGGGACCCUGGUGUGGGGCCAAGAGUUCUCCCAUGGUACAGGCGCUGGCUGCGAGCACCCCCAGCCAUCCCCACCCAGGCAGAUGUUCUCCAGAUUCAUGUUGAUGCCCCAGGUGGGAAAUUGACUCUUGCAGGCAGCCCUCCUUCCACUCCAGGGAGUUCUGGCCAAGCAGACAUCCUUACUGUCUACGCAGCUGCUGAGGGCUGUGUGGCCUAUCGGGACGAAGAAAAGGGCUCAGACUUUGUUCAGACACUGGUAGAGGUCAUCAGAGCCAACCCUGGAGGAGAUCUCAUUGAGCUGCUGACUGAGGUCAACAGGAGGGUAUGUGAGCUGGAUGUGCUGGGACCAGACAGUGAUGAGCUGCGCAAGGCCUGCUUGGAGAUCCGAAGCUCGCUCCGGCGCCGGCUCUGUUUACAGGAUUGACAGCCCUGCUACUUCCGCUCCACCCCCCCUUUCAGCGAUCUGUCAGUGAUGCAGCAUCUUGGGCGUGGGAGUUCAGAUUGUGUGUAAUAAUUAUCUGUUCAC